GUGUUACCGUUGUGCGCUAUGGUUGUGAGACGAAUUAGUUGAUGUGAAUCUGCCAGCUCUUUACAUGCUGUCUAGACGUGUAAGUUUGCGACGUGAUCAAGGAACUUAGAUCUUCCUUUCGCAUUUUAGGCCACGCAAAUCUUUCAGAUCGGCUGGAUGUGAUCGCCAAGAACAAAUGUUCAGCUUAUAUGUUCAAGUUGUUGAGACUGGUGAACAAACUGUCCCUACUCGAGAGUUACUUCGUUCUCACAGCCCGCAAGGAUUUUUCGCCUGAGGAAAGUGCCGAACUGAAGUCAAUAACUCAUUCCAUCUUAAAGCGACUCAACGACAGCGAAUUCACAGCUCUGCAAACGGCGCUGGAAUCGAAAGGCGGCCUUCAGACGAGUUGUAUUUUCUUUCCAACGCACGAAAGACUGGGCAAGCGCGUAGUUGUCGAACCGCAAGUUGUUUUGUACCGAGUAUUUCGACUCCCGCAAGUUCGAAGCUCCUCGGAACUUAAGCGUAGUCCAUGCUGCUCGACACGAAAUGGCUUCGACAAGAAAGUGUGUAUCAACCCUUUCCACUACAGUACAGUCGUGAACAGUGGACCAUCUAGUGGGAUUUACACAGCCCUACCGAAAGCAAUGGAGGUUAAAAACGACGAGUCUUCUGGGUUUUUCAGUAACCAUACUCAAUCGACAACUUGCCCCAUGGACAGCCAAACCUCGUACACGGAGUCUGCUCUGCGGAAUAUAGGGGCAGAUUACUGCAAUGCGACGGAUAAAAGUUGGUCUAGGCCGUGGUGUUCGAUCGCUUAUUGGGAACAAAGUGAAAGAAUUGGACCGUCGUUUGAAGGGACUGCUGAUGUUAUCAACGUAUUCGAAAGUCUACCCGAGCCCAGUGGGUUCUGUUUAGCUGCACUCGAUCGGCGAAGUGAUGUACCUGAGCGAACUAAAAGAGUGCGAGAACAGAUCGGUUAUGGACUACAGUUGACACGCGAAGUUGAUGGAGUUUGGAUUUAUAAUCGAAGUGACUGUUCGCUAUUUGCAAAUGGUCCAACACUGACUUACUCGAACGAAAGCAUGGCUGGCGGAAAAGUUAGACAUAAUAUUCUGGUGCAUAAAAUUCCACCCGGAUAUUCGCUCAAGGUGUACGAUUAUAAAUUAAGCCCACAAGUAUGCCGGGCAGUGGACAGCGCUGGAGUGAGGUGUUAUCACCCCGAGACAGUGCGAGUAAGUUUUAAGAAAGGUUGGGGAGUUACAUCAACUUCUGAAUACCGUCAACCACUCGUAACAUGUUGUCCGUGUUGGAUCGAGGUACAUCUGUCGGUUGCGCGGUAACACGCGUGUACGAGCGAGACCAAGAUAAGAUCCAUGUAAAAGGCGAUUUGUUUAUGUGGCGGCUUCCUUUCGAUCGGAUCGUCUAGCAUUUCACAGAGUUAUAGAAACAUGAGUAUGAUACCUUCAUAGAGUAUAUUAUGUAUAUUGUAUAUAGAAUAUUGACUGGCCGAAAAUAUAAUUUAAGGACCUAGUCCGUGAACGAGCUAAAUUUGGACAGCGAUGAAGUAGACAUGUCUCCAUAGGAGAGAAACAGAUUCUCUAAUUGUACAGCGUAUUGUUGUUUAAUGUUGUUACGCGAGUGAAAAAACACACUAAGAAUGAAUAUAUUAUAUUUUCAAUCA